AGUUCUGAAGACUAGACGAAUUCAUUAAUUCAAAAAAAUAAAAAUAUUUAUUAAAAAAAAAUAUUAAUAAUUAAUUAAAUAAAUUUUUAAAUAGCAAAAAAUUUAAUUUAAUUAAAAAUAAAAUAAACGUGAAAAAUUUACGUGAUUGCACACAAAAGAAUUUUAAUAAAAGUUCUAAAAUUUAAAUUUUAAUUUAAUAAAAAAAAAAAAAAUUUAUUCAAAAUGAAAUUCGUAAUUGCUUUGAUUGCCGCUAUUUUAAUCAAUACAACAUCAGGACAAAUUCGUCCAUUAAUUCGAACAUCUGCUGAUCGUGAUGCUGUUAUUUUAAGACAAAAUUUUGAUUUAAAUCCAGAUGGUUCAUAUGUUUAUGGUUAUGAAACAAGUAAUGGAAUUCGUGCCGAUGAAAGUGGAUAUUUAAAGAAUCCAAAUACAAAUAUUGAAGCACAGGUUAUGCAAGGAUCAUAUUCAUAUACUGGACCAGAUGGUAUUGUAUAUACAAUUAAUUAUAUUGCUGAUGAAAAUGGUUAUAGAGCAGAAGGUGCACAUAUUCCAACACCACCACCAGUUGGUCCACGAAGAGGAUUUUAAAAUGAUUUUUAAAAUAAGAAGAAAUAUAAAAAGCAAAAUCAUAUAAUAAAAUAGUAAGAGAUUAAAAGAACCGUCCACCAAUUUUAAAAAAUAAUAAAAAAUAAAACAAAAAAAAUAUAGGAAAAGAAAAAACAGCACUGCGAUUUCGAACAUCUUUUUUUUUUCAUUUUUUGAUUUUACACUAUAUAUACACACAUACAUAUACUAUUGAAAUAUGCACAUAAAUACAUCUAAUAAGCAUAUUUAAACACAUACAUACAUAUAAACAAAAAAAAAAAAUUUUUUUUUUUUACAUACGUACAUAGUAAUUUUUUUUCAUAAUUUUUCUUCUUGUCUCUCUUCUGAAAUAAAUCUCCUAUAGUAAUUAACAUUAAUUAUUUUUUACAUACAUAUACAUACAUACAUACAUAUUUUUAUCAUUAUUAUUAUUGUGUACUUUUUUUUUUUUAUUCUAAGUUGUUAAAUUUAAUUUUGAGAUUUAUGUUUUUUGUAAAAUGCAUUUCUGUGAUUUUGAUUCGAAAUGCCGAAAUUUUUUUUUUUUUUUUAUGUAUAACCAGGGCAUUUUAAUUUUUCUAUAAUUUUCAUUUGUAUAAUAUGAGAGAAAAAUUUAUAUUAAUUUUUUUUUGUGUAAAUAUAUGUACAUACAUAUUUAAAUAUAUAUAUAUAUAUUUAUAAUAUUGUACGAGAGUAGAUUGGAGAGCACACAUAAAUAUGUAAAAUAAUGACAUUAAAUUAAAAACAUUUUUUUUUUUUUUUAAUAAAUUGUAAAUUUUAUUGUAAAAAAAACAAAAAAAUAAAAGAGAAAUAAGAAAAUAAAUUAAAAGCAAACCAGCAAAUAAAAUUGCUAACAAAA